CUGUACGAGUGCGGCGACUGCCUGCAACUCUUCCAGACGCCAAAGGAGUUCCUGGAGCACCAAGCCGGGCACUUGGUGCCUGCGGCACCCCCUGCUGUCAAUGGCACGGCGCCGGCGGAGCCUGCGGGUGACCACAGCUAUGAGCUGAAGGGCGGUGCCCCGCACCGGUGUGGGGAGUGCGAGCUGGCCUUGCCCACGGCCCGUGCGCUGGAGCUGCAUCGCCGUGCCCACCGCCGCGGCGCCUUCCCCUGCGCCCUGUGCAGUCGGGCCCUGCCCUCGCCGGCCGCACUGGCGCAGCACGCAGCACAGCACAGUGGGGAGUCACGCCUGCUCUGCCUGGACUGCGGCUUGGCCUUUGAUACAGAGCCCGCGCUACUGGCACACCGCCGCGCCCAUGGGCCCAACCCACUGCAUCGCUGCCCCUGCGGGAAGGCCUUCCUCAACAUGACCAAGUUCCUCUACCACCGCCGCACCCAUGGCCCUCUGCCGCCCACCCCCGAGGCUCCAGCACCCGCUGAGCCAGCCCCGGUGCCUGCUCCCGAGGCCCGGGUGCCGGACACCAUGCCGCUGACCAUCAUCUACUCGGAUGGCAGCACUGGGGGCGGUGGCGGGCACCGGUGCCUGGCAUGCGGCAAGGCCUUUGGCAAGCAGCUGCAGCUGGCCAGGCACCAGCGCUUUGUGCAUGGGCUAGAGCGGCGCCAUGAGUGCCACACGUGUGGGAAGAGGUUCAAGAAGAAGUCGCAUGUGCGCAACCAUCUGCUGACGCACACCGGGGAGCGCCCCUUCGCUUGCCCUGACUGCCCCAAGGCCUUCAACUCGCAGGCCAACCUCCUGCGGCACCGCCUGACGCACACUGGGGAGCGGCCCUACCAGUGCCAGGUCUGCCUGAAGCGCUUCACACAGUCCUCCACGCUGCAGCAGCAUCUCUUUGUGCACAGCCGGCACUACCCCUACCAGUGCCCUGAGUGUGGCGUGCACUUUCACCGCCCCUACCGCCUGCUCAUGCACCGCUACCACCACACGGGUGAGUACCCCUACAAGUGUGGUGAGUGCGGGCGCUCUUUCCUUCUUCGCCGCCUGUUGGACGUGCACCGCUUGGGCCACGCCGGGCGCCAGCCCCAUGUGUGUGGGGCCUGCGGGGCUGCCUUCGCCACAGCCCCGCAGCUGCGCGAGCAUCGGUGUGGCAAGGCUGGGCGGCGCCACGAGUGUGCCACAUGCGGCAAGAAGGUGAGCACGGCAGCUAGGCUGCGGGCACAUGAACGGGUGCAUGAGGCAGGUGCUGGGGCUGCACAGCCUGUGUCAGCACCGCUACCUCCACCGCCAGCACCACGCCGCCCUGCUGGGCCCAAGAGCUUUGAGUGCAGCGAGUGCAAAAAGCUGUUCAGCACGGAGACCUCGCUGCAGGUGCAUCGCCGCAUCCACACCGGAGAGCGGCCCUAUCCCUGCCCGGACUGCGGCAAGGCCUUCCGCCAGUCCACCCACCUCAAGGACCACCGGCGCUUGCACACGGGUGAGCGGCCGUACAAGUGUGAGCAGUGUGGCAAGGCCUUCGCCAUCGCUGUGCGCCUGGCUGAGCACCGGCGCACGCACACCGGGGAGCGCCCCUAUGCUUGCCCCCAUUGCCCCAAGGCCUACCGCUCCUUCUCCAACCUCUGGAAGCACCGCAAGCUCCACCAGGCCCAGCGUCGCGCUGCCGCACCAGACCCACCUUCUGCCACCGCCAUCCCUGAGGAGGAGCCAGUUGUACCCCCAGCUGCCAACUACGCACCAGCACUGGCCAUCAUGGAGACCAUCGAGAUCUACCCGGCACCUCCUGCCGCUACCGAAGCUGUGACCACCCCCCUGGACGGGCUGCAUGUGGGGGAUGGCGUCUGAGUGGGGCCCUACCCCUGGUGGGUGGCGGUUUGUGCAGGGCUCUGCCUACUUAGGGGGCUGGUGGUUGGGGGCUGCAGCUCCGUGCCCCGCCUUGCCUGAAGCUGCCCCCUGGAUUGCAUGUGAAGGCAGGGGUGGGAGCUGAGUAGGGCUAGGGCUCGCCCUGACCGGGGUGCAGCUCUGUCCCUUGAAUGGUUGGGCAGGGGGGUUCAGUAGACCAGCCCCCUAGAUGGGUGGGCUCCGAGUGGCUCUGCCCCUUUCCAGGGCCUGCUCCCCGAAUUGUAAAUGGGGGUGGGGUUUGGGAGGGACUCACCCCCACCUAAAUAGAUAGGUGGCAUUUGGGGGUGGGGCUCUGCCCUUUAACAGGGCCCUAGCUCCACCCCCUGGACAGGCUGUAGGUGGGUGGUGGAGUGGGCCUCCACCCAUAUAUGGCUGUGGCUCUGCCCCCUGGGUGGGCUGUCCUUUGUGGGCAGGGCCUGGGGUACAGGUAGUGUGGUACAGGUUCCACCCCCCUCAGGACAAGCUCUGUUGUAGGGGCGGGGCUUAAGCAGGCUCCACUCUCAGUUGACUAUGGCUCUGCUCAUCAAGCUGUGGCUCAGCCUUUGCUUCUGCGUGGCCCUGGCACCUGCCCUCUUCCUUGUGCUCCAGCCAAGCUCUGCCCCCAGCUGCAGCCAGGCCCUGCUCCUGGCCCCCUAGUCAUUUGGGCUUUUUUUUCUAUUGCAGCAAUUGCCCCCCCUAGCACUACCUGUGCACCCCACCCAGUUGGGGGGUUUCUGGGGCCAGGUCUUGUUUAUUCCUGUUCUAAUUAAAGCUAAGAGACUGGAGAUUUGGGCCUCAGCUGGUUAAUUGGGGGGACUGGGACAUGUCUGCUGAGGGAGGGGGUCCCCAGCCCUCAU